GUAGUUUAAGUCCGCGAGAUGCCACACUCGGCUCAUUACGCUUAGCACGAUGGCGUCGCGCGCAUGCGGUUUGAUACUCACACUGUUCACCAGCGCGGUACUGUCGCGGGACUGCAUCGAACUAACCAUCAGCGACAAAAGAAUCAUAACAGAAACAAUUCUAAAUAGUACCAUAUUAAAGUUCCAACACGAGAAUGAUACGGUCGUUGAGAGUUCCCGGUUUAAUAUUGUGCAGUUGUGGGAGAGAUUCCCGAAGGUUGUUGUGCCUAGGAACGGUACUAGUGAACAGUGCAGGAGAGACAGCCAGCUGUAUAUGGACAGUUUGGACCGACUGGAGUUAUGGGCUUUGAAAAUGUUUGACGCAACGGCCAAGCCCCCGUCUGGCAUACUGAGCGGCAAUGGAAACCAAUAUGGCGACUUUGACGAAUGUCUGAGCAUCGACGCCGCUGUCCGAGGGAAGUACUGCCUUGCCUCACUUAUCAUCAACUUCGGGGAUGAGCAGAAAUAUAAAAAAUUGGACUAUCUCAUUCAUAGUGGACAUUAUAUCAGGAGUAACAUUACAGAUAUGGGCCACAGAGUUCCGCGGUAUUCCAGUCUGCUUUGGGGCAUCUGCAUCCCAAGCUCGUGCAGUAGCUUCGACCUGGAAGAGGAGCUGUCGUACCGUCUAUCGCAUCUCGGCAUCACAGCCAAAGUACACAACACUAUGUGCACCGUGAAGAAUGUUAAACGUCCUUAUUCGUUUGGGAAAGCCUUGUCCAUAUCUUUCUUCUUAGCAAUACUGCUACUGUUGAGUCUUGGAACUAUUUUGGACGACGACAAAGAUGGCGUGACAAAUUUCGAGAAACUACUUAACGCUUUUUCGUUGAAGCGUAAUCUGAGGAAAGUCUUUGAUCUAUCCGACGCAGCGACUAGGGUCAAAGGAGUGGACGCAUUCAGGGGUAUCAAUGCCCUCGCUUUGCUCGUUGCGCAUAAAUCAAUGGCCAUGGCGCAUAACCCUUACGUUAACAAAGUUAGCUUCUCUGAGGUAUUCGGAAUGCCGUGGGCUGUGAUCGGUCGCUCAGCGAUACUAUACACAGACAGUUUCCUGUACCUCAGUGGGUUCCUGAACGCUUACAACCUCCUGCAAGAGCUCGAGAGGAAAGGCACGAUCGACUUGAAAAGCAGGCUCAUCAACCGAUGGUUUAGGUUAUUUCCGUUGUUCGUGAGCCUGAUGUUGUUCUGCACGUACAUCCUGCCUGACAUCAGCAACGGACCCCAGUGGAACCUCGUCGUGGAAGAGCACAGCAGAGUCUGCGAGAAGAACAUGUGGAAGAGCUUCCUUUUCAUUCACAACUAUUUUGGAUUCGAGGAAAUGUGUCUGACGCACACGCAUCAGAUCGGUAUGGACAUGCAGCUGUACGUAGCGACCUUGCCUCUGAUGCUUCUGUUCUGGAAAGCCAGGACCAUUGGCUGGACCGUCUUCGCCUCCAUCGCCGUCGGCUCCACUGUACUCAGAUAUCUUGCCAUCCACUGGUACGACAUCAGCAUGUUCGUCUACUACGGAAUAUCGUAA